UUGUUUUGUUGCUUUAUAUUAUUCGUAAAGGUAGUCGAAGUUCUUCACCAAAUUAGCACCCCUCUUCCUCUCAAAAACUCCUAUUUCACUAUUUGUAGCUAUACUAUAUACUUCCAUACAUCCCAAUGUUGGAAAAUCUCCAUUUCAAGAUUGAUAAAUUUUGUCCAAGAAAGACAAUCCAUUCCCUCCUAAUUUUUUUGCUCAAAUGCUCAUUUUUCCUAGUAAUCCUCCUCCUCUUCCAAAUCUAUUCCCUACGUUCAAUCCUCAACUCUCCACCACCGCCACCGCCGCCGCCACCCCUCAAGCCGCCGUCAAGAUGCGACGCCGGCCUCGUCUACGUCUACGACCUUCCCCCGGCCUUCAACGCCGACCUCCUCCGCAACUGCCACGAUCUAGACCCAUGGAUAUCUAAAUGCAACACCCUCUCCAACGCCGGCUUCGGCCCCCGUGCCACAUCCCUCCCGGCCAUGCCGGAAGGCCUCACCUCGUCGUGGUACUGGACCGACAUGUUCGCGGCCGAGGUCAUGUACCACGCGAGGAUCAUGAAGCACGAGUGCCGCACCACGGAGCCCCAAUCCGCUACGGCCUUCUACAUACCCUUCUACGCUGGGGUCGCAGUGGGAAAGUAUUUAUUCACCAAUCGCAACUACACCGCAAGGGAUCGAGACUACCAAUGCGAGGACAUGCUGACGUGGCUCAAGGAUCAGCCUCCGUGGAGGCGAUCCAACGGCUCUGACCACUUCAUCCUCCUGGGGAGGAUGACGUGGGAUUUUCGCCGGCGUGGAGACGAAGACUGGGGGUCCAGCUUCGUCUACAUGCCGGUGAUGAAGCAGAUCGUGCGGCUGACCGUCGAGCGGGACCCAUGGGACCACCGCGAGAUCAGUGUUCCCUACCCCACCGGAUUCCACCCAAAGUCAAAAUUGGAAGUUGACCAAUGGGUUGAUUUUGUUACAUCUCGCAAUAGGACUAGCUUGUUCACAUUUGUGGGAGCCAAGCGGAAUAAGAUCAAGGAUGAUUUUAGAUCUUUACUUCUAAGCUAUUGCUACAACGAGACGGGGUCGUGUCGCGUUGUGGACUGCUCAGGAUCGCGGUGCUACAAGGGUACGCCCGAGAUCCAGGAGGCGUUCCUGGGGUCGGAUUUUUGCCUGCAGCCUAGGGGGGACGCGCAUACUAGAAGAUCGACGUUCGAUUGUAUGCUGGCCGGUUCGAUUCCGGUUUUCUUCUGGAGGAGGAGUAUUGAGCAUCAGUAUGAGUUGUUCUUGGGCGACGAACCGGACCGGUUUUCGGUGUUUAUUGAUUGGAAGGAUGUUAGGAAUGGUUUGUCGAUUAGGAAAGUGUUGGAAGGGUAUAGUAGGGAAGAGGUAAGAAGGAUGAGAGAGAAGGUUAUUAGUUUGAUACCAAAUUUUAUUUAUGGAGAUGGGAAUGGGAUUGGUAAAGAUGCAUUUGAUAUUGCUACUGAUGGAGUGAUUAAGAAAAUCAAGGAACAAAAUGAAUCCAACAUGAGAUAGAAGCCUACUUUGUCACAAGAAGAAGAAGAAGAGGUGCAAGGCCGGCAAAUCUAGGUAUGUAUGUACGGAGUUGAAAAGGUCAAAUUUUUUUAUACCUAAUUACUAAAAAUGUCAAUUUUUUGAGAAAACGAUUGUGUUGAAAUAUCAUCAGAGAUAGAUAUUACUGUUUUAGUUAAAGAUUUAGUUAUGUUCUUUUCUAUUUUCUUAUAGAAUAUACUUAUUGUGACAAAAUUCUCUUGUAUUUGCAAUAAAGGGAUAUUUUAUUUUCA